GUCAAACCAAAGUUUUUUGGUUACAUCAUUUGCUUUUUGUAGACAUCAUAAAUUGGGAAGAAAAACAUAGUGAAAAACUUUACAGAGACAGAAAAAUAAUAGUAAAAUAAGUGGAAUUUAAUUUAGCUGCAUUGGAGGCAGUCGGGCUCGAGUUGACAGCAGUGCGUGAGCUGAAGACGCGCCUAAAAUGACUGAAAACAAUCAGCCACUUUUCAAUUGAAUAUAUACCAACACUCGCGUUUCACAAUAUCGUGUACACUCUUAGUAAAAAUAUACAAAGCAUACUCUGAAAAAUAUCGAGUUGUGCAAACUUUGAAAAACUUUUCGUUAGUGACAAUUUAAUGACAAGUUGAUUUUCAUUGCUUUGUCGGAUAACAACGAAGAUUAUAACGAGCUAUUUUAUUUCGAUAAAGAUUUUGUUUUUCACCUUGACCUUUUGUUAUACUGUCACUCGCUUGUAAGCUGUUAAAAAGUAUUGUUGGAUAAUAUAAUAUAAUAUAAUUGCAUUGUUUAUAUUAAGAACGUUUUAUUUUGGUUAUAAUGGCGGCCUAUUUGAAUCGCACUAUAUCGAUGGUGACUGGAAAUGGCGCCACUGCUAAUGCAAACACCGGCGCUACCACAUCAAACUAUAAUACCAAUGCAUUGAUGGUCGAAAAUCGUACUAUGCAAAAUGCGAUUGACAAAUCGCCAUUGCAGGUGUUUGUUAGAGCUAAAAAGAAGAUCAACGAUAUCUAUGGUGAGAUUGAGGAAUAUGUUGUGGAAACUACACAGUUUAUCAAUGCACUGCAUGCUGAAGCGGAAAUUGUGGACAAAGCUGAACGUGAGCUAUUCGAGAGUUAUGUAAACAAAGUUGCGGCUAUACGUGAAGUACUUACUAGGGAUCACAUGAAAGUCGCUUUCUUCGGGCGCACAUCGAAUGGCAAAAGUUCUGUUAUAAAUGCCAUGUUGCGUGAAAAGAUUCUACCUAGCGGUAUAGGUCAUACAACAAAUUGCUUUUGUCAAGUGGAAGGUUGUGAUGGACAAGAAGCCUAUUUGAUGACAGAGGGUUCGAAUGAAAAACUCAAUGUGGUGAAUAUCAAACAACUAGCAAAUGCACUUUGCCAGGAAAAGCUUAGCGAAAGCUCAUUGGUACGAAUUUUUUGGCCAAGAGAGCGUUGCAGUCUCUUGCGUGACGAUGUUGUCUUCGUGGACUCACCAGGUGUGGAUGUAUCAGCCAAUUUAGAUGAUUGGAUAGAUAAUCACUGUAUUAAUGCCGAUGUCUUUGUGCUCGUCCUAAAUGCGGAAUCAACUAUGACACGCGCUGAAAAACAAUUCUUUCACACAGUUUCGCAAAAAUUGUCUAAACCAAACAUUUUUGUAUUGAACAAUCGUUGGGAUGCUUCGGCUAAUGAGCCUGAAUUUCAAGAUUCGGUAAAGUCGCAGCAUACAGAGCGUUGCAUUGACUUUUUAACGAAGGAGUUGAAAGUUAGCAAUGAAAAGGAGGCAGCUGAACGCGUAUUUUUCGUUUCAGCACGUGAAACUCUACAGGCUCGUCUUGAGGAAGCGAAAGGUAAUCCACCGCAUCUGGGCGCCAUUGCCGAAGGCUUCCAAGUACGUUAUUUCGAGUUCCAAGAUUUCGAGCGUAAAUUCGAAGAAUGUAUCUCACAAAGUGCUGUCAAGACUAAAUUCGAACAACACAGCUCACGUGGCAAAAGUCUCUCCGGCGACAUGUGUUCAAUGUUGGAUAACAUACACGAACGCACUACUAUAUUCCGCAAUCUGAAAUUAGAUCAAAAAACACUGCUAACGGAACGUAUACAAGGCACAGAGACGCAAAUGAUGCAAGUAACCAGAGAUAUGAAAUUGAAAAUACACAAUAUGGUGGAAGAGGUUGAGCAGAAGGUGUCGAAAGCGCUCAAUGAGGAAAUCUGGCGUUUAGGUGUAUUGAUCGAUGAAUUCAAUAUGCCAUUCCAUCCGGAGCCUUUAGUAUUGAAUAUCUAUAAGAAAGAACUAAACUCACAUGUUGAGUCUGGUUUGGGCUCGAACUUGCGCGCUAGACUUUCAAUGGCUUUAGCAAUGAAUGUGGAGGCAGCACAACGUGAGAUGACAGAUCGCAUGUACACCUUGGUGCCGAACGAAAAGGUGGCCGUACAAACGAAAAUCGCCACCCGCACACAACCCUUUGAAAUGUUAUAUUCCUUGAAUUGCCAGAAUUUGUGUGCCGACUUUCAAGAGGAUCUCGAGUUUAAAUUCUCCUGGGGCAUUACGGCGAUGAUUCAGCGCUUUACUGGUAAAGUGCGUGAGCGCAAUAAGAAGGGACCAGCCGCUUUGAUGAACAGGCCAAGUAGUAUUGGUAAUUUAUCACCUUCCACACCCGGCACCGAUACGCCUUUAUGUCUGAUACCACGCCCGGUUGGCGGCAUUACACAGGAACAACUCUCCGUGAUUUCACGUUUCGCGCUGGCUUCAGUUGGCUCUCAGGGUACCGUAGGUGGACUCAUUGUUGCGGGCAUUAUGCUCAAGACCAUCGGUUGGCGCGUAUUGCUCGGCGUUGGCGCUCUGUAUGGUUGUAUAUAUUUGUAUGAACGCCUCUCUUGGACAAAUUCAGCGAAAGAGCGUGCAUUCAAAUCUCAAUAUGUACGCCAUGCAACUAAGAAACUGAAAAUGAUUGUCGAUUUGACAUCAGCGAACUGCAGUCAUCAAGUUCAACAAGAAUUAUCCAGCACUUUUGCCCGUCUCUGUCGUUUGGUAGACAACGCCACCACUGAUAUGAAUGAAGAACUUAAAAACCUUGAAUCCCAACUCACUGUACUUGAGUCCAAUCAGAAGCAGUUGAAGCUGUUACGUAAUAAGGCCAAUUAUAUUCAAAAUGAAUUGGAUAUUUUCGAAAAUAACUACAUUAGGAUAAACUAGUAAUACAAUUUAGUAUCAAACGAAAUAAGUUAAAAGAAUGCAUGCACUUGACGUGUUGUACGCGCAUACCUUGCAUGCAUGCGGCUUUACAGCCGACCUGGAUGUGCGCGUGUAGUGAAAAAGGGAAACAGAAACCGACUCAGCGCCUGUACUCAAUUCCCAAUGCUGAUUGGUUUUCUUUUUUUUUUUACAUUAACCGAAUUGCUUUUUGUUGAUCUUUCAUCUUCAUAUAUACCAGUUUACAUACAUUUAUUUAAUUAUAUUCUACAUUGAAACCCUACGUAUUGAUUGUGUUGCUCAUACUUAUACUCUGCAAGUACAUACCUUUAUACAAAUAUAUAUUUUCUUUUAACAAUUACUACAACCUUACUAUUUCUACUGUGGUCCGAGGUCAACGGCAUUUGGCGAUUUAGCGGUUUGGCAAUUGCGAUAAGUAGUUAUUACGAUAUCUAAAUAAAUAUGUAUUGUUUUUGUUAAUGGCAAAAAAGCUAACACUGAAGAACUAUUUUGUUUAAUUGUACAUACACACUAUAAUAUAUUUCAUGAUAAUAUUUAGCUAAGUGGCCAUAAAAAGCUAAUGAAACAGUUUAAUAAAUAAAAUUGAGCAUAAAAAUUGAAA